AUGGCGCUCAAGAAGAUUAUCAUCGUCGGUGCUGGUCCCUCGGGACUUCUCCUUGGCCUUUUGCUCUCCAAACAAGGCGUGCAAGUCGAGCUUUUGGACGCUGAGACCAAAGUUAGCGACCAACCGCGCGCAGCACAUUAUGCCUCUCCAGCUGCCUACGAGCUCGACCGCGCAGGUGUCCUAGAGGACGUAAAAACCCGCGGUUUCACCUUCAAGACUAUGGCCUGGCGCAAACCGGAUGCCACGUUUGUUGCGGGCAACACGACCGAACAUCUCCCUGCAGACUAUCCGCAUCGCAUGGUGGUUCUUCCGCUCGACCUGCUCGGUGAGCUAUUGGUGGAGCAUCUUCAGCGCCAACCCACGGCGCAACUCAAAUGGUCUCAUCGUGUCGUGAAAGUCGGACAAGAAGCGGAUCACGCCUGGGUAGAUGUUGAGACUCCAAACGGCCAGCAACAUUUAACCGCAGACUAUAUUGUCGGAUGCGACGGGGCGAGCAGUACGGUUCGCAGAGAGCUUUUUGGAUCUGAAUACCCUGGCGAAACACUGAAUGCGCAAAUCAUCGCUACAAAUGUCUACUACGACUUUACCAAAGUCUUCCCGUCAGAUUCCAACUUCAUCAUCCACCCAGAUAAUUUAUACAUGGUCGCACGCGUCACAAACGACGGCCUCUAUCGCGUCACAUACAAGGACAUCCCCAACCUUACGCGUGAAGAAUACAUCGCACGCCAACCGAAGCGCUAUGAAGAGAUCCUGCCCACCCACCCAAAACCACACGAGUACAAGAUCACCAAUAUUUCGCCAUACAAAUUGCAGCAGCGCUGCGCACAGUCAUUCCGCGUCGGGCGCGUAAUUCUUGCAGCCGAUGCGGCGCAUCUGUGUAACCCUUUUGGCGGCCUCGGUCUCACCGGUGGAAUUGCAGACGUUGGUAGCCUCUACGACGCGCUACUCGGCAUCCACAAGGGUGUCGCAGACGAAGACAUUCUAGACAAGUACGCGGAGAUCCGCAAAAAGAUCUGGACGGAUAUCAUCGACCCGAUGUCGAGGGAGAACUUUGCGCGACUACAUCAGGAUGCCGAGACAGCAAGGGAGAAAGAUCCGUUCUUCCAGCUUUGUGUGAAGGCUGAGACGGACGAGGCUCUUAGUAGGGAGAUUGCGAUGGGGUAUGAGAAGUUGAGGGUUGAUAUGACGCAGUUUUAUAAAUCGUAG